UUUCGCCCUGGACCACCCAGCGCGCCGCACCUCCCACUCUCUCACCUGAUUGGGCGAGGGGCCGCUUGGAACGUCGGGAGAGCUCGGCUGCCCUGGCCAAUCGCAGGCGGAGGGAACGUCCGAACUUUCCGAGCGGAUCCCGGAUCCUCUGUGCGCUCCCACGAGACUCCAGCUGCAGCGCGCAGGACAGGGGGAGGUAGCCAUGGAAGCCGAGGGUGCUAUUGAGGGGCUCUGCGAGGAGGCGACAUGUUCCAUCUGCCUGGAGUACUUCAUAGACCCAGUUACAAUCGCUUGCGGGCACAACUUCUGCCAAGCCUGCUUUGACCAACUUUGGGAGGACCCCAAUGUAGACUCCUGCUGCCCUCAGUGUCGAGAGAGGAUCAAGCAAAAGAACUUCAGGCCAAACCGUCAGCUGGCAAAUAUGGUCGAGAUCGUCAGGAACUUCCAGGAAAGGAAAGGAUUGAAGAGAAAGUGGGAAGAGCCCCAGAGGCAGCAGGAGCCCCCGAAAUGGAGGGAUGGUCAGGCACCAAUGGGUGUGGUUUGGGACCGGUUGCAUGCUGACCAGGGCCACGCUGCGUCUUCUAUAAGCAAGAUCUCCGUAAAAUACAAGGCGCAGUUAGAAGCAGAGAAGCAGAAAAUCAGAUCCGCCUUCCAGAGAAUGCAGGUAUUUCUCCGGACAAAACAGCGUCUCUGGUUAGGUGAGCUGGGAGAUCUGGAGAAAAAAAUUUGGAGGAGGGGUGAAGGAAACUUUGCCGAACUCUCUGGGGAGCUUUCCCGACUCAGAAACCUGAUCGUGGCGACGGAGGCGAGAAACGUGCAGCCAUCAUAUCACAUCUCCCAGCCCCCGAAGGAAUCCCUCCAGGACAUCAGAAGAGCCUUAACGAGGUGUGAGAAGAAAGCAUCUGAGCACGAAUCGGACCUUUCUCACUGGUGGGACGAGACGCUCAAAAUCGCCGUGGAGAAAAGUUCUGCGCUGGAAAAGGCUACGGAGAAGUAUAAAGCAUCUCUGGAGCAAGUUCAAGACACAGCUCCUCUGAUGCAAGACCUGAACAAAGUGGAUGUCACCCUCGAUCCAAAUACCGCACACCCUUGCCUUACCGUCUCUGAAGAUUUGAAGAGUGUGUGGUGGGAGGUGGAGAAGAAGAGGAAGGGGGGGAAGAAGAAGAAGAAGAAGAAGAGCAACAACAGAGGGGCGACGGGGAACCUCCCUGACAACCCAGAGAGAUUUAACGGGGAGCUCUGUGUGCUGGGCCAGGAGGGGUUCACGGCAGGGAAACAUUGGUGGGUGAUGGAGGUGGAAACCUGGGGGAGGGCAAUGUGGGCCGUGGGGGUCGCCCGAGACACCAUGAGGAGGAAAGGCGUUAUCUGCACCCAUACGAACGAAGGGGUGUGGGCGGUGGGGAGGUUUUCCCGCAGCCCAUCUAUGCCUUGCCAGUUCUUCGCUUUCACCUUCCCUGCACCGACCCCUUUGGCCUUGGUGAGAGAUCCCCAGAAGAUCCGCGUGUCCCUGGAUUACGAAAGGGGUCAGGUGCAGUUUUCUGACGCCGACACCGACGAUUUGAUUUUCACCUACCACACGGGGUCGUUCUCUGAGGAGAAGCUCCGGCCCUUUUUCCAAGUGAGGAGCUGCGGGACGGCUUUGAAGUGCUGGCCUCGGAGACCCGCUGCCGUGAACGGAAAUGAUAACGCCAGAACAGCGACGGGGAACCGGUGGUUCUUGGAUGAUGUUAGACUCCAAGGCCCACCAGCCGCAGAAGCGUUCCACAUUGAUCAGGGAUGGUGGGAGUUCUGAUCCUGCAACAUCAGAGAGGACCACAGGUUUCCCCGUUCCUCUUCUGUA